UGGUUGAUUUCAUGGUCUUUGACAAUUCUGUUUAUGUUUCUCUUUUGACAUAUGUGGAGACAUUGAAGGGGUGGAAGCCUGAAUCUGUUGAUUUGUGCCAUUGAUCAAAGGUAGUAUCUUUUAAAAUUCGUUUUCUCUUUUGAUUAUGUUGAUUUUCUGUGAUGAUCUAUUAGUCAGUAUUUGACAAUUUCAUUUUUCUCUGUACAUGUUUACCAUUUUUGGUGGAAGCCUGUGAUCUGCUUGUGUAUCUGUGAUUCUCUGGUUUUAUCUGUGAUUCUCUGGUUUUUAUAAAAGUGGAAGCCUAAGUCCCUUUGUUGGCAGAUGGAAACCAAUUCACAGAUUCCAAUAGUUGAGCGAAUUGGGACUGAGAGCAAUAUAGCUCCCAGUCCUAUUGCUCCUGUUGAUGGUGCUGCUGCUGUGGGUAAUAUUGAGGGUUCAACACAGGCUCAACAAGAGAAUGUAGUUGAGCCUAAUACAAAAAAAAGGAAGCCCAUUGUUAGAAGGUCAGCUGUUUGGGACCAUUUUGAAAAUAUUUUUGAUGAUGAUGGUAGGGUAGUUUCUGCUAAAUGUUUGUAUUGUGCCAAAGUGUACCAGUGUCAUAGUAAAAUUAAUGGGACCUCAACCCUAAGGGCACAUAUGCUUGCUUGUUUGAAAAACCCUCAGAGUAAACAAACCAGGCAGACCUUAUUAACUUUGCAAACUGUUAAUUGUAAUGCUCUUGAUGAUGUUGGUGAUAAAGUAAACAUAGGGGCUUGGAAAUUUUGUCAAGAUGCUAUUAGGGAGGCCUUAGCUUACAUGAUCAUUGUUGAUGAGUUGCCCCUUAGGUUUGUAGAAGGCAUAGGGUUCAGAAAGUUGAUGAGUACAACAUGUCCUAGGUUUAAAAUACCUUCAAGAUGGACUGUAACUAGAGAUGUGUUUAAACUUUAUGCUGAUGAGAAGAUAAAACUUAAAACUUCCUCAAAAGAUCAUAGUCAAAGGUGGUCAUAG